AUGAAUGAUGUGAAUAAUGUUGCAGAGUUUUGCAGAAAUGUCGAAUCAGAGAGAAGAGGCUGCAGAUGAUUCUCCKGACGACCUUCCCAGUCUGGAAACACUCGACUCUCCUACAGGGAGUCCUCCGACCGCCUCGUUAUCCAGCAUGAUGGAGCUGGAAAACUGUGUUUCCAACCUGAGCCUGGCUCAUGAGAUCCUGGUGAACAGAGACUUCUGCUUCAGACCCCCAAACCCUCCCACCAACAGCCUGGAGGCCAGAGUGAAAGACAUUGUCCACCAGGCGUUUUGGGACGGUCUUSAGGAACAGCUGAGCAGCGAUCCUCCAAUCUUCAGCCACGCUCUCGUCCUGCUGCAGGAGGUCAAAACUACUCUGGAGUCGCUGCUUUUGCCCGGACACGUCAGACUGAGGUCUCAGCUGGACGAGGUUCUGGACAUGGAGCUGAUCCAGCAGCAGGUGGAUCAUGGAGCUCUCGACCUACACGGACUGGCGGGAUUUAUUAUAAACACCAUGGCGUCUUUAUGUGCCCCGGUUCGAGACCCGGAGAUCAGAGGUCUGCGGGACCUCAAGGAACCUGUGGAGCUCCUCAGGGAGAUCUUCCGUGUCUUGGGGCUGAUGAAGUCCGACAUGGUGAACUUCACCAUCCAGAGCCUGAGGCCUCAUCUCCUGCAGCAGGCCGUUCAGUACGAGAGGCUCAAAUUCCAGCAGAUCCUGGACAAACAGCCUGCUUCUCUAGACAACACAGCUGCUUGGCUCAAGGCAGCAGCAUCAGAGGAGCUGUCAGCAGCUCGGCUCGACUCUCCCGGUCCUGACAGCCGAGGUCUCCUCCGCCCCACUGCCGUCCUCAACCGGGCCUUCAUGCGUCUGCUCCGCUGGGACCCGCAGGACCAGAAAUAUCCCGAGACUGUGCUGAUGGACCAGGCCCGCCUGGACCAUCUGAGUCAGCGGCUCCAGCUGCUGAUCCUGGAAGCGUCUGCUUUGCUCCUGACCAGCGCUCAUUUUGGGGGUGUCGUUUUCUCCCUCCACGGCUUUGUAGGUAAACUCAGGCGGUCCGCCGCUGCCCUGCUGGAGGGCAGUCACACCAG